AUGGACUCGAACCCUGCACUGCUCCGCGAAGUUCGCCUUUAUGAGAAUCACAGUGAGAGAGAGCAAAUGGAGAACAUGAGCGAAUUGUUCGCGGUACUCAACGCCCUCGAAUGUUUGGAAAAAAUGUAUAGCAGGGAUUAUAUUUCUAAUGAGGACUACAAAGUCGAAUGCUUCAAGCUGCUUGACCAGUACAAGGUAACAAUGCGUCUAGUUCAUGGCACAAACGUUGAAGGUUUUGCUUCCAAAUAUCGUCUGCACUGCCCUGCAGCACUGGAACGGAUCCACGAGGGACGUCCGAUUACUGUCAAAGACGACAAAGGCAAUGUUUUGAAGAACAUUGCCGUCAUUGUUGAGGUAUUCAUCACAUUCUUCGAUCAACUCAAACUAAAUGUUCGGGCUGUGGAUGAACUUUUCCCGAAUCUAAACGAGCUUUAUACGUCAAUAAAUGCGAUGAGUAGCUUACCAGGAAGAUUUCGAUGGACGUGCGAAAGUGAAAGCAUGGUAAGUUUGAGGAAGCAUGACCGCCUUUCUACAAUGGCAGCAUCUGAAGAAAUUACUGAUGAAGAAGCUCGUCAAAUGAUUUUCGAGCUUGAAGCAGCAUAUUCGUCCUUUAUCAAAUUUCUACACACUCAACAACAUUGA